CUCAGACGUUCUUCCGCUUCCGGUCCCGCCCCUGAAGAGCGUUGCAUUGUGGGAGCUCCUUCCUUUCUCGCUUCCCGGCCAUCUUGGCGGCAGGUCUCUGGCUGAGGGUCCUCCCGCACCGCAGGCAGGAAGAUGGUGGCCGCGAAGAAGACGAAAAAGUCGCUGGAGUCCAUCAACUCGAGGCUCCAGCUGGUCAUGAAAAGCGGCAAAUACGUGCUAGGCUACAAACAGACCCUGAAAAUGAUCAGGCAAGGCAAGGCCAAGCUGGUCAUCUUAGCCAACAACUGCCCAGCCCUGAGGAAAUCAGAGAUUGAGUAUUAUGCUAUGUUGGCCAAAACUGGAGUGCAUCACUACAGUGGCAACAACAUUGAAUUGGGUACAGCAUGUGGGAAGUACUACAGAGUAUGUACACUAGCUAUCAUUGAUCCCAGGUAUGUUUAUUAAAUCAGUUUUGUUAGCUAUAUAUGUUCAAGUCUAUAGUUCCCCUUUUAACAAUUGUGUGUUCAAGUACUUAUGUGCCAGGAACCAUGAUAAACCUCAGGAUUAUGAAUUGGGGUUGUGGAUGUUUAAAAACAAUCUUUACACACCUUUAAAAUUUUACUUUAUCUGACUUAUCUAAGAAAUAGCAGUGCUGUGGGGGACAAGGGAAAAUUAAUUAUAAUGACAUUUUCUUGGGGAAGGAUUGGUGAAUGUACAGAAUUUCUGGGCUGCUGAGGUUUUUAUACUUUAGAACAGAACAAUAGGGCUUUCCCAAGAAACAAGCUUUUAUAUAUGAUGUAAUUUUAAGGAAUUGGUGGUUAGAAAGAGGAAUUAUAAGUAUCAUUGAUGCCUAGAAAAGAUAAGGAGCUCACUGCUUCAGAAUAAAAUCUAGUUGUAAGCAGUCUUAUGAUUUCAGUGGAGUUUUGGUUUAGUGUCUUGCGAAUAUUCUCGCUGGCCUGAUAUUAUUGUGAUCUGGUCAGGCUAGACAUUCGCUAAAUUAAGACCAUGCAUUGUGUCUCCAGAACUAGUUCUUUUCCCUAGUUUUGGUUUUAUAAAUGCUGGUAACAAACUAAAGGUAGGAUGUAUUUUCUUUGGUUUGACUACUGUUAACAUCUGGGUGUUAGUUUUUUAAUAGUUCUCUUCUCCUCCCCUCCCCCCCCCCCAAAAAA